AUGUUCACAGCAUGGAUGGAAAUGUGUGACCAGUGUGAAGAAGCAAGGCAGUAUACUUACGUGGAAUUUCCAAUUCACUUCGUCUGGGACAAUGAUCAUAAACUCUGGCAUAAGAGACAACGGGGUUACUCAAUAGGCAGAAUUGUCAAUAUCCACCCAACUUCUGGUGAGUUAUACUACCUUAGGAUAUUGCUGAACGUCGUUAGAGGGCCAAAAAACUUCGACGAGAUCAAAACAGUAGGUGGGGUAAUUCUACAAGAUUAUAAGGCAGCAUGUGAUGCUAGAGGUUUGCUAGACAACGAUAAAGAGUGGCAUCAUGCUAUGAAUGAAGCAAAUCAAUGGGCAUCACCUUUUCAAUUACGCCAACUGUUUGUUCUACUGCUUAUAUAUUGUGAAGUAGCAAACACUUUACGAUUGUGGGAACACACAUGGAGAUCAAUGUCAGAAGACAUACCUAACAAGCAACGGCGAGCUUUUGGAUUUCCCAGUAUGAAUUUCAAAGAGGAUGAGCUGCAACAUUAUACUUUGAUCGAGAUAGAACAGAUCCUCCACCAACAUGAACGCUCACUCAUGGACUUCAAUGAUAUGCCUAAACCUGAUUUGAAAGUUCUAAAAGAAUUAGGAAACAGCUUAUGGCAACAAGAACAGCAGUACAAUGUAAAAGAAGAGGAAGCAGAACAUCAUCGUCUGUUCAACCAACUAAAUAAAGAACAAGAAAAAGUAUACAAGGCUGUUUUGGAAUCCAUCUACAACAAUAUGGGAAAACUAUUCUUCCUCUAUGGCCCUGGAGGAACUGGGAAGACAUUUGUCUACAAGACAAUCAUCUCCAAAUUAAGAUCCGAAAAACGGAUAGUCCUACCUGUUGCUUCAUCUGGCAUAGCAGCAUUGCUUCUCCCUGGGGGAAGGACAGCCCAUUCAAGGUUCAAGAUACCUCUUAUAGUUACUGAAGAUUCCAUCUGCGAUAUAAAGAAAGGUACAAUGCUUGCAGAGCUAUUAAUCAAAACUGACUUGAUCAUAUGGGACGAAGCACCAAUGUCUCAUCGCCACACAUUCGAGGCUCUGGACAGAACAUUGAGAGACUUGCUCUCCACAGAAGACUGUUUAGCGUGCGAAAAACCUUUUGGAGGAAAAACAGUGCUACUCGGCGGAGAUUUUAGGCAGAUUCUCCCGGUGAUACGACAUGGAACAAGAGCAGAUACGGUACUUGCAUCUAUAAGCCACUCAUAUGUAUGGAAUUCCUGUAAAGUAUUUAUGCUCGAAACAAACAUGAGACUACACCAUUCAGAAACAAGGUUCGAUGCUUGGCUUCUAACUAUUGGAAAUGGAACCGCACCAACAUUUGAAACAGAUGAUGGCAUUGAUGAAGAUGAUGGUGAAGUCGUACAAGUUCAUCAUUCGUUUUUUCUGAAACCAAAAGGACAUGAACUCCAACAAAUCAUUGAAGCAGCAUAUCCGCAACAACAAAGCUCCCACACCACCUUGCAAUAUUUGACAGAAAGAGCAAUCCUAACUCCAAGGAAUGAGUAUGUCGAUGAGAUAAAUGCCUACAUGUUAGCUCAAGUGUCGGGGGAAGUGAAAGAAUAUUUAAGCUCAGAUAGCAUAGGUAAAGCGGAUACAGUCGGAGAAGAUUAUGAAGCUCAAUACCCUGUAGAGUAUUUAAACUCUUUAGAGUUUCCUGGAUUGCCCAAGCACAAGAUAAACCUCAAAAAAAGAGUCCCUAUAAUGCUUCUACGGAAUAUAAAUCAAAAGGAAGGAAUGUGCAACGGUACAAGAAUGAUAGUCACUAAUUUAGGAGAAAGAGUUCUAGAAGCUGAAAUAGUUACAGGGACUCAUGUUGGCAAGAAGGUAUUAAUACCAAGAAUUAUCUUAUCACCCCCGGAAUCAGAGCAUCCCUUCACUCUACGAAGACGACAAUUUCCAGUUAGAGUUUGCUAUGCCAUGACAAUUAAUAAAAGUCAAGGACAAAGCUUGAAGAAUGUUGUCCUCUAUCUGCCAACUCCAGUUUUUAGUCAUGGGCAACUCUACAUAGCUCUUUCAAGAGUUACAUCACCUAAUGGCCUCACUAUUCUACAAGGAGAACACUUAAAAAAGGAUGGCGUAACAAAUAUUGUCUACAAGGAAAUCUACAAUGACUUACCUAAAGAAAAUGGAUCUAAUGCCAUUGAACUCCAGACAGUAGACCCACCUUCUAAACCCCCAAUUGUUUAG